GGCACGGGGACACUACAAAUUGGGGAGCCAGGGAGUGUGCGGGGGCUGCUGGUGCAGGAGGUGCUGACUCCCUGCAGGAAGAGAGCAGCAAAGAUGGCGUCAAUGACAGACCAGCAGGCGGAGGCCCGCGCCUUCCUCAGCGAAGAGAUGAUUGCUGAGUUCAAAGCUGCCUUCGAUAUGUUUGAUGCGGACGGUGGUGGGGACAUCAGCACCAAGGAGUUGGGCACAGUGAUGAGGAUGCUGGGCCAAAACCCCACCAAGGAGGAGCUGGACGCCAUCAUCGAGGAGGUGGACGAGGAUGGCAGCGGCACCAUCGACUUCGAGGAGUUCCUGGUGAUGAUGGUGCGCCAGAUGAAAGAGGACGCCAAGGGCAAGUCAGAGGAGGAGCUGGCCAACUGCUUCCGCAUCUUUGACAAGAACGCUGAUGGAUUCAUCGACAUCGAAGAGCUGGGUGAGAUUCUCAGGGCCACCGGGGAGCACGUCACCGAGGAGGAAAUAGAAGAUCUCAUGAAGGAUUCAGACAAGAACAAUGAUGGUCGCAUUGACUUCGAUGAGUUCCUGAAGAUGAUGGAGGGAGUGCAGUAAGGGAUCAGACAUUCCUUGGGCCGCCUGCAGCAGCCAGCCCUGCUCCUCCGCCCAGGACUGGCCCCGCCGCAGAGCCUGGCCUCGCUGCCACCCGCUGGAGCCCUGCAGCAGCUCGUGCCACUCGGCUGGCGGCUGAGCUUUUCCUUGACUCUGACAGAUGUGGUUUAUGGAUGAACCUCAUUAAAAGGGGGAAAGGCUGA